AUGCCCCGCGAAACAGCGAGGGAGCAUUUAACUUGGGCCGACAAAGGAGCGGGACCGCGGCGGGAGGCUCGGGGGAGCCGCACCGGCACCACGGGAGCGCCGGACAGCGUGCACCGCUCCGCGCUGGCGGCAAGGAACGGGCUGUCGUUGUCGCGACAGAACAAAAAGUGCAACCGGAGAACAGAGAGCGCUCCCACGCUCCCGCUGCACAGCGGAUUUGUGAGCGGGGGCUCGCUGCCUUCGCCGCGUUUAAUGGAGUUCACGCACAAAGAAAAACCGCCUCCCCCCGCGCCGGCCGCGAUCGGGGUAAACAAGGUGAGACGUCCUUCCGCAGCCCUGCCGAGCCCAGCCGGGGGCUCGGGGGCGGCCGGCCGGCUCGGGGCCCCGGCGGUGUGCCGGUGUGUCCACCCGUGUGUCCACCCGUGUGUCCACCCGUGUGUCCACCCCUGUGAGCAGCGCUGGGGUGCUGACCGCGGCUCCACCGCUGAUACAGCUCCAGCAGGUCCAGCCUCUCCGGGGAUUGCCCUUGCGGCUGGGGGCGAGAUGUGCUACAAGGGCAGCUCCCAGCCUGUGCUGAAACAAUCAAAAUGCUUCAGAGUUUCCAGAGCCAUCCCCAUUCUGGGCUUUCACAGAGAGAAAUCAGCAGUGAGGAUAACAGUCACACCUGAUUUCUGGGCUCUUACUGCAGGACAGACCAGCCAUUCCCAAACCAGUUCCUGGGGGAUGCUCUGCUCUCGCCUUCCCAUUGCAGCAUAACAGCAACAGAUUUCCACGGCUCAGCCUGGACAGAGUGUUGCAGUAGGUGAAGCCUGCAACUUGCAAAGCUGUGGUCAGAGGGAAAGUUUAUAGCCAAUAUGCACAGUAGCAUCUCACAUCUCCCCUAGGGUUUCUAUCUCCACAGGAUCAAGUUCCAGCUGCAGAAAGAGGGGAGUUUGGGAAAAGGUUGGUUAUAAAUUACCAAGGGGAGUUCUUCAACAUAAGGUGUGGGACCCAGAACCAGAAUGUCUGCAUGAAAUCAAAUAACCCCGAUAUACUGGCUAGCUGUGAUAAUAAAUAGACCCAAAUGUAUUUCAAAACAACUAAAAUAUUUAGGUAGAGUGAUCUUCAUAACCUUUUUCUAACCUGACUAAUCAAUCACCCAAGUUUUCUUUCUUUUCCAAUUCUACAAAAUCAUAUAAAGGAGUAUACUGUGUCUAUGACAAACCUGAGUCAUUUGGGUGGUCCUGAUAAUGGGAUACUUCAUUAGAUAUGAGCUUUAGUUUUGGUGCAUUCAGUGGCUCCUGCCAACACCUUAAGAAGAUUAUCAUUUCUGGUAAGGGCUCAAAACAUUAAAGGAAAACUAAAAAGAGAGCAAGUUCUUUCAAGAGAAUAAAGCUUAUGCUGUGGGCAAUUGGAAUGAGCUACAUCAGCUUUCAGAGAUUAAAGAGAAAAACUGCAAAGAAGAUUUGCCAGUUGAAACUCUGUGUCAUUAGAGAUCCCCUUUUUUACCAUCAAAAUAAAAUUAAUUU